AUGCAAGCUCCCAAAGAGCAUCCCGCUUCUUGGUUUUGUCCGUCGCCCGAGCCCGUUUCGCUAUUGCCUUCAAAAGUGGUCCUUGGUGGCCAUUCUGGACGGUUAAAAGAGGUUGUGAAGCUUCCCAAUGAAAUGAAUAUCAAUCCCAAUGCAGACGAACUACUUCUUAAAGUUAAACUCAUCGGUGUCAAUUAUAAGAAAGACAUUGAUCCACUUCGACAUCAUGUUUUCAAAAACAAAUAUGCCACUGUGGUACCUUUCAACAAGAUUAUCGGCAAGAUCCUGGCACUUCUGAAACAUAUGAGUUGCACCAAUUUCAAGUUUCUGUCGAAAUACUUGGUUUUUCCAUAUUCCAACUGCAAUAUUCAACACAUUGAACCUUGUGAUCAUUGCCGUCGAUUGACAAAUGUCGAGCUAACCAGAGACACCAUGGAUAUGUUUUACCUUUAUCCAUGCUUGCGCAACCUCGAAUAUGGCAUAACCAUCGAUGGGGGAUUGCAAGAUUACAUCAAGAUUCGACUGCCGUCUCAGUCGCUUUUGGAGAUUCCUAUAAAUGUAAGUUUGCACGAUUGCUGCUUCAUGAUGGAAAUCAUGCUUCCCUUCUACAUCUUUAUGACUACUUUAUUCAUAAAGUAUGGCUACGACCAGUCGGGCAACAAAAUAAUGAUCAUACUCAACGACUCCAAAACCGAGACGAACGACGUUCUCAUCGUAUUGCAACAACUCAACAUUGACCGGAAAUCGGUCGUGAUAAUGGACCCUUCCACCAUCAAACAGCUCUCAACCAAAGAAAAAUCAUCCUUGCACAAAAAAUUUGAGUUUGUUCUAUGCUUCAAUUUUUCAUCUACUUCACUCGACUUCACCGACUACUGCAUUGCAUCCGUGGGUCUUCCUUCGUCAAAAUCAAGAUUCCAUGUUGUCUGGUUCGACCAGUAUGCGCCUCUGGAGGCGUCCAAACUACGAAAACGUAGCGAAAUGCUGACCGAUAAGACUUUCCAUCAUAUUCGAGUAGGACACAAGGACUUUGUUCACGCCCAAGAUCUACUUUCCAUGCUCUCCAGUUUCAAUAUUCUAAGACAAUCGACCACCACCUCCAACCUGGAAGACUCAUCAGACACCCGUCCUUCUGUUUCCAGCCUCGAAACCUCACUAACUACUUUCUCAAAUCAAUCGCUACAUCUGGGUUCAAGCAGCACAACUUCGUUUUCGCUCCAAAAGUAUAACGAAGUGGUUAAAAAUGGCAAAUUCCUUAGGUUUCGGGACGAAGAUUCCAUUAUCAAUAGCGAAAGAGAAAUUCGAAGCUCUCAUGUUUCCUGGCUAUGGUAUGAUAAGGACAUUGAUUUCUGCCGAGAUUGCGAAUUUGAAGACUUUGGGACUUCUACUCAUAAUAUCAAAGAUGUGAAUUCGCUAAUGAUGGACUCGGAUGCUCAACCAAAGCGUAUUUGCUACUUUAACAAACCAUCCAAAACCGCCAAUUUGAAUGCGUUUGUACUCUCAUCAUGA